AUGCUCGCCAGCCUGAGAGAGAGACUGGAGAGCGGCCCGGUGCCUUCGGCGUUUCGGUUCGCUGGGCGUGGUCGCGGUUGCCCGCCCGACCUCUCAACGUCACCGACGUUUUCGGGAACCGGUGCGGGAACGGCGACGGAACACGGGGCGGCGACCGCGGCGGCGCGGCCGGCGGUGGUCGCGCGGGUGGCGGUGACCGGGGACACUGGAGCUGUGUACUCCCCCUGCACCCCUUCCUCGACCGGAGCGUGCACUGUCGACGCCUCGUCCACCGACACCUCCAAGGUCGGCGACAGGUUUUCCCGCGGUGGAGGCGUGCCCGCCAUCUCCCCCGCCGACCGUGCGCUGCCGGCCUGGAGCUCGGCACUGUCGUCGUCGUCUUCUUCUGGUUCCCGCGAGGGGGCGGACAAGAACGGCGCCGCCGCCUCGACCGUCGGGGAGCAGUCCUCGUGUCCGAUGCUCGCCAGCCUGAGAGAGAGACUGGAGAGUGGCCCGGUGCCUUCGGCGUUUCGGUUCGUUGGGCGUGGUCGCGGUUGCCCGCCCCACCUCUCAACGUCGCCGACGUUUUCGGGAACCGGUGCGGGAACGGCGACGGAACACGGGGCGGCGACCGCGGCGGCGCGGCCGGCGGUGGUCGCGCGGGUGGCGGUGACCGGGGACGCUGGAGCUGUGUACUCCCCCUGCACCCCUUCCUCGACCGGAGCGUGCACUGUCGACGCCCCGUCCACCGACACCUCCAAGGUCGGCGACAGGUUUUCCCGCGGUGGUGGCGUGCCCGCCAUCUCCCCCGCCGACUGGGCGCUGCCGGCCUGGAGCUCGGCACUGUCGUCGUCGUCUUCUUCUGGUUCCCGUGAGGGGGCGGACAAGAACGGCGCCGCCGCCUCGACCGUCGGGGAGCAGUCCUCGUGUCCGAUGCUCGCCAGCCUGAGAGAGAGACUGGAGAGUGGCCCGGUGCCUUCGGCGUUUCGGUUCGCUGGGCGUGGUCGCGGUUGCCCGCCCCACCUCUCAACGUCGCCGACGUUUUCGGGAACCGUAGCGGGAACGGCGACGGAACACGGGGCGGCGACCGCGGCGGCGCGGCCGGCGGUGGUCGCGCGGGUGGCGGUGACCGGGGACACUGGAGCUGUGUACUCCCCCUGCACCCCUUCCUCGACCGGAGCGUGCACUGUCGAUGCCUCGUCCACCGACACCUCCAAGGUCGGCGACAGGUUUUCCCGCGGUGGUGGCGUGCCCGCCAUCUCCCCCGCCGACUGGGCGCUGCCGGCCUGGAGCUCGGCACUGUCGUCGUCGUCUUCUUCUGGUUCCCGCGAGGGGGCGGACAAGAACGGCGCCGCCGCCUCGACCGUCGGGGAGCAGUCCUCGUGUCCGAUGCUCGCCAGCCUGAGAGAGAGACUGGAGAGUGGCCCGGUGCCUUCGGCGUUUCGGUUCGCUGGGCGUGGUCGCGGUUGCCCGCCCCACCUCUCCGCGUCGCCGAUGUUUUCGGGAACCGGUGCGGGAACGGCGACGGAACACGGGGCGGCGACCGCGGCGGCGCGGCCGGUGGUGGUCGCGCGGGUGGCGGUGACCGGGGACACUGGAGCUGUGUGCUCCCCCUGCACCCCUUCCUCGACCGGAGCGUGCACUGUCGACGCCUCGUCCACCGACACCUCCAAGGUCGGCGACAGGUUUUCCCGCGGUGGAGGCGUGCCCGCCAUCUCCCCCGCCGACUGGGCGCUGCCGGCCUGGAGCUCGGCACUGUCGUCGUCGUCUUCUUCUGGUUCCCGUGAGGGGGCGGACAAGAACGGCGCCGCCGCCUCGACCGUCGGGGAGCAGUCCUCGUGUCCGAUGCUCGCCAGCCUGAGGGAGAGACUGGAGAGCGGCCCGGUGCCUUCGGCGUUUCGGUUCGCUGGGCGUGGUCGCGGUUGCUCGCCCCACCUCUCCGCGUCGCCGAUGUUUUCGGGAACCGGUGCGGGAACGGCGACGGAACACGGGGCGGCGGCAGCGGCGGCGCGGCCGGCGGCGGCUGCGGUAGGUGCUGUCCCCGCCGCCGCCUACGGUGCGUGUGCAUCGUACUCCGGGUGCGCCUCGCACGAUGGCGGUGACAAGCGAGACUUCUAUGUGCUCGAGAACAUGGAUCUCCUGGACGACGCCGACGAGAAGACGGGGACCGCCGCAUCAGCCAGCCGCAAGGAUAACGACGACGGUAAGAUGAAGACCGGCGCCAUCUACGGCAACCAGUCCAUCGAUCAGUCCAUCGCCGAAGCGCUGAUGGGGAUCGGAGGCCGCCCGGCGCUUCAGGUGAUGCGGGUGAGCGGGCUUGACGCGGCGCUGACGCCUUCCAGUGGCCCGUCCGACAGCACGGAGGAGGAACAGGAGGAGGCGUCGCCGGCAGAGAGCAAGAAGAGACAGCGGCACCGGUGCGAGGAGCUUGACAUCGACGAGGACUACCUCGGCAAGAUCGACGUUAUGACGGAAGAGGUGUCGUCGGUUGUGCAGAAGAUUCUGGCCGCCGCAGCCAGCGUCGCGCCGCCCACGCCGCCGCUCACCCCCGCAUCCGCGAUGUCGUCUCCCGCGGAUUCUUUCCACGGGUCGACCCGGGCCGUGUUCUUCGGGAGCGGCUACAACGAGAAGGACAGCGGCGUUAUCUUUGAGAGCGUAAACGCAGACUCUCCGCUGUUGCCGCAGGUGGUACCGCGCUCGCCGGGUGUGGUCGACACCCCCCCUCCCCGGUUCCCGUCGCCUCGCGUGUACCUCACCGCCGACGGCCUCAACAUGGAUCUCUGCAUCCUGGACGGGGUCAACUCGGAUGGCGGUUUUGGUGACGUGGUGUUCAUGAAGGACAAGACCACCAAGGAGUCUUUCGCAUUCAAGAAAUCCAAAGACACGCCGUCCGGACGCCGACAGAUGGAGCGGGAGGUGGCGGCCCUGAGCGACGUGCGGGGCAAGGUGUCCCACGUCGUGCACGUCCAAGAGAUAUCGUCGACCAGCGGCGCGCCCAUGCUCCUCAUGCGCAGGGAGCCCGGCACCCUGAGCUCGAUGCUCUGCGACUGCUCGAACACCGACCCCCGGGCCCUCGUGAGGUGA